CAAGCUCCGGCGCUGCAGCUCGUGUCGGCCGCGGAGCGCCGGGAGCGGGAUCCCACAGGGCCGGGCGAGCUCUCCACCAGCACGAGCGCAGGAAACGGUCGCUUCCGGGGCUGCCCCAGGCCCCCGACGCCCUGCCGUGGUGAGCUCUACUGUGGCAGCUGCACCCGGCCAGCCCGACGCCGCCGACGGAUCCCCACGCCAUCGACGCGCCACUAAUAUCAAGAAGGACGCCGAAAGGAUGGCCUUCGCCAUCGGCAGCCCGCCGGCCUCGCAGCAACGGAGCCGCGCGCCGACGCCCGCCGACGAGCUGCUGAGGAUGCGCCUGCAGGCCGUCGAGGCCGUGGAAUUUCGGGGAACGGCUCUGCUGGGCGCCGAGCCGUCGCCGCGUUGUAGUUCCGGCGCGGCAACGCCCGGCUUGAAGGCCUCUCAAGGCCGGCAUCGACCGUUGGCGAAGUCGGGACUCUCGACGUUUCGAUUACGACCGGACCUGUUGGAGCAGCUCGAGAAUUAUGCUGAUCCGGCGAGAGGAGUGACGACGGAGGCGCCAUUCGCCUGCAUUUCCGUGCGGGCGCUGCAGGACCUAUCCCGAAGGCCGCGUGGCGCGCCCUACAAGUUGGGGAGGGCCGCACCUACCCAAGAAAUCAUCUCUACUAUAGAUGAUGGACCCGGCAAAAAGCGCCACGAGCCGAUGCGGGGCUGGGCCUGGCGGCCGGACGGCUGGGAGGCGCCGCCUGAUAACUAUGUCGAACCGCCGCCCCAGCGCGUCGCGGCACCGAUGUCGCCGCAAGAGCACGUCGACGCGCUCCGCCGGUCCUCGUCGAUCUACCAGUCGAAGCCGCGCGAGGACUUAAAUCCGUUCGUGCCCUGCUGCUCGUUGAAUUGUCCCCACGAGGCGACUUUAUGGAGCCCGCUUGAAAAAAGACCGUACUGCGUGCGGUGCUGGAACGGCGGGCUCCACCAUACUGAUAUCGGCGCCAAGCUCGCCAUCCGAAGGGAGGACGACGAGGUCGAGGCGGAACCAGUGGAAGAGGAGGCGCCGCCGUCGCCCCAGCCGCGGUUGUACAAGGGGCGAUGCUUUUUAUCCGAUGGUUCGUUCGCGUUCCGCGACGGGCCCUGUCGGUUACGGCAGCGGGGCAAAGCAUUACUGGACGUGUCGGUGAUUUCCCUCACCUCAUCACAACGGACACGGAAGUCGAAGGUGCGCGAAUACGGCGAUCUGGGCACCGUGCCGCUGCGCGUGGUCAAUGCAAAGGCGAACUUGGAGGACAGUCGGCGCGACGGCCGCGAGGGCUCCUAUGCCUCCGGCUACUCGCGGAGUGUCGAGGUGCCCGUCCAAGACGAGGUCGCGGGCCAGAAAAUUAUCAGGAGUGGCGUCAUCACGAAGAAGAUCGAGACGAUCGGUGGCACGGCGGUAGUCGUGAAUCCGAAUCAACCGCGAUUCGUGGGGGCGCCCGAUCCAUCGGUCGGGAGUUAUACGCUAAGUACUCAUUCCUAAGUGC